GGUGUUGUUUGUGCAAGAUUACAGUGCAAAGUUCACGAUGGAGGCAAGGAGGCGUCAAUUGCUUCCGAAUCCCGGCAUUCGAGAAAAUUUUUUCUCAUUGCUCACUUUCUAUUGGAGUUACCCAAUUAUCGCGAAGGGAUUUAGAAAAGUUAUACAAGUGCGUGAUUUGUGGCGACCCUGUAAACAACAUCGAUCAGAAGUGAUUGGAAGUGAGCUGGAAACCAAAUGGGAUGACGUUAACAGGGAACGUAUCAACUUUCGCCUCCCAAGGGCCUUGUUAAGGACAUUCAUCAAAGAUUACUGGGCAACAGCUGGUCUAAUGACCUUAUCCAUGUUUAUUGCCCGUCUUGCCAUACCAGUAUAUCUUUAUCGGGCAUUCUCUUACUUUCUUGAUGAAUCGAUUAAAUAUCAAGAUCAAGACGCUAGAUAUUGUGCAUUCGGAUUUCUUGCCAUAGUAAUCGCGAGUAUCAUCGUGAACAAUCACAGCGCCUACUCAAAUUUCUUCACGGGCCUGAAAAUGCAAACGGCUCUUGGAAGUUUAGUCUACAAAAAAGCCCUCCGAUUAUCGAUGUCGUCGUUGAAAUCAAGUACUGUGAAAUGUAUUCAAUAUAGUCUCACUAUGGAUCCCGGCCGUUUGGAUGUGAUGUCAUUCUAUCUCCAUUAUUUAUGGUUGUCUCCCUUGCUGUUCCUUGGACUUGGUUCAGUAAUGUACGUGCAAAUUGGAAAAUGUGUGCUUCCUGGACUUGUGAUAAUUAUUAUGUUGGUGCCAUCUCACGAAAUCAUCAGCAAGUGCUACACUCACUUCUUCGGAAGACUAGAGGCGAAAUCAAGGCUGCGAUAUUUCAAAAUGAAGGAAAUUAUCGACAAUAUUGAGAUAGUUAAAAAACACGCUUUGGUCAAAUAUUUCAUUGGGAUUGUCUCAAAAUUGAGGAAUCAGGAACUGAGAGUCCUUCGCUAUGGCAUUUUUGGGCAUGCCUUUCAUGUGGUGCUGAUGAUCUUUACGUCCAGAAUCGCUUUGCUCGCCACUCUUAUUACUGUAAUAUUGACGAAUAAUCACUUCAAUACCUUGUCAUACGUCAUACAUUUAUACUACUUCGACAUCCUCACGAUCGCCGUUACUCAAAUCUUUACAAGAGCGAUCAAGCAAUUCUGCGAGACGAUAAAAUAUCUCACGGAGGUCGAGGAAUUUCUGGACCUGGAGGAAAUGUCACAUUUGCGUCAGGAUAGAGGAAAGAAAAAGAAAAAGGACGUUCCUUUAGAAUUUGAUGAUAAGUUUCCUGUAGCCUUGAAGAAUGUGACCAGCACCUGGAACAUGUUCCCCAAAGAUGGUUUCAAGCUCAAGAAAAUGACUGUAAAACUUAAGAAAGAUGCACUUGUUUGCAUUAUUGGACCCCCUGAGUGUGGAAAAACUUCUCUGAUUAACACCAUUCUUCAGGAAAUGUGGAUCACUGAAGGACAUGUUGCAGCAAAUGGUCCAUUUGGUUUUGCUCCUCAAGAUCCAUGGAUAUUCUCAUCCACUGUCAGGCAAAACAUUCUCUUUGGCAGUGCUUUGAAUAUGAAAAGGUAUGAAAGUGUCUUGAAAGCAUGUGCUCUACUCCCUCACGUAAAUCAAUUCCCGAGAGGAGAUCUCACAAUAUUAAGCGAAGACGAAACUAUCCUGUCCCUGCAACAGCAGCUCAUCAUCAAUAUAGCCCGAGCAGUCUACAAGAAAUGUGAUGUGUACAUCUUCGAUGACAAUCUCACGGGGCUUAAUACACCAACAUCUCGGUACAUUUUCGAUCGUGUUCUGGGCUCUAAUGGACUGCUAAAGAAAUCUUUGAGAAUCCUCGUCACCAAUGAACUUGAGUACAUCAAUAAGGCAGAUUUUUUGAUUAUCAUGGAUAAAAAUGGAAUUAAAAAUACUGGACAGCCGUCAGAUAUCACUCUGAGUGAAUUGUCCUAUCUUACUCCGGCUGAUGAAGAUAAACGUAGAGAAGAAUUGGAAAGAGAAUACAAAAAACUUACUUUGGCAGACAUAUCUGGAAUUAAGGAGGAAGAUAAGAAAUAUUAUGAAGAGUUGGACAAUGAUGACAUCGAAGAUACAGAGGGAAAUGGAUUUUUCAAUGUGGAGUACUCAUCAGGAAGAUACAACUCCUUCUUUCGAUAUAUUUAUGAAGGAGUUGAUUCAUAUCACCUCAUUUUAGUAAUGGUUGGUUUCCUUCUCGUGUACGCCAUCAUUGUAUUUUCGGAUCUCUGGUUGUCAUUCUGGGCGACUUUGGAAACCGCAAUAACGGAAAGGGAAAUAAUAUGUGCAACAGACAAAUAUUGCAAUAGAGAUUUGCUCAAUUUAUCCAAAAAGUUUACCUUCCACUAUCACGGAUUCUACGACAUUUUUAAGCAAACUCAAAGCAGUAUCAAAGAACAUGUGAAAUUCCUAUUGUAUUUACCGGAAACAGCUCCAUGUGCUGUUGUCUAUUCAAUUGCCAUCGCUGUAGCCUUCAUUUUGUGCGUCAUGAUCAAUAUGUGCUUUUCACAAAUAUGCUUUAAGUCCAGCAAAAGUUUACAUGAAAAGCUCCUCAAUAAGAUGUCAUCAGCCACUUUGUCAUUCUUCUACAGAACCCGAAAAGAAAAGAUCCUAAAACUUUUUGAUCAGGAUAUGAAAGUUAUAGACAGUUUUGUUUCCACGUCUCUACUGGAGACUAUAAAUCUAUUUUUAUGGAUUGGCGGCUGGAUACUGAGCACAUUAUAUGCAAGUUAUGACUUCUCGUGUCCCAUCGUUGGAAUCUUCAUCUUGUACUUCGCAAUGCAAUAUCGACUGUUAAGGACUACAAAGAGACUAGGCCAAAUUGAAGUGAAAAUAAAAAACCGACUAACAAGACACUUGAAUAGUAGCCUGAAAGCUGCCCAUAUAGUCAGAGCAUUCCAAGUUGAGAACGAAGUGUUGGAAGAUUUUUAUAACCUGCAGGAUGUACAUACUUCCACAAUUUCAACAUUCCUCAUAACAACAUCUGCAUAUUCCGUCAUAUUAGAAAUACUUUGCAUGGGUGGAGUUGCCGCAAUUACUAUAAGUUUCUUCUCAGGAAUCAUAGACAUCCCAAAACAUCUUAUGCCCUUCAUUCUCGUACAACUAAUUGGCUUCACGGGAAUGCUGGGGUGGUCACUUAAGCAAACAGCCUCGUCAGCCAGUGAAUUAACUUCAGUUGAUCGGAUCUUAAAAUAUUGUAACGUGCAACAAGAGAUGGAUCCAGAAAAUCCUGAGAAGAUCCGACGAAAUUGGCCGGAGUACGGAAGAAUCGUUUAUAAAAAUGUCUCAGUAGUCUACGAACACGAUUUGUUGGGAAUCCACGAUGUAACAUUCAACUUUAGAGCUCGAGAAAAAAUCGCAAUCGUGGGAGAUAGUGGUUCGGGCAGGACAUCCUUCGUGAAUGCAAUAUAUCGAAUUGGACUCCAAAAAGGAACUGUUGAGAUCGAUAGAACAGAUAUUAGCAAUAUUUCCAUGGAAGACAUCCGCUCAAACAUAAUGACCAUUACUAAAACACCCGCAAUUUUUUCUGGCACCAUUAAGAGCAAUUUGGAUCCUUUUAACGAAUACCAACUCAGUGAUAUACGAUAUGCUCUCGAGGCAGUUCAUCUUGGUGACUUGGAUCUUGAUGAAGAAGUACACGAUGAUGGGGAUAACUUGACUCUUCAGACUUGUCAUCUUCUCACCUUCGCUAGGGCAAUUCUUCGUAAUAACCGUAUUAUCAUUCUGGAUGAAGCAAUGGCAAAUAUGGACCCAGAGACAAUUGAAAUAGUUCAGACAAUUAUCGAGGAAUAUCUGAAUGAAAACACAAUAUUUACCAUCACCGACCAGCUCGAGCAUAUCAUGUACUCCGACAGUGUUUUUGUCCUUAAGCAGGGAAAAAUCAUCGAACAAGGUCUGCCCUAUACUCUUCUACAGAAGAAUAAUGGACAUUUUCGCAAGAUGGUUCAUGCCUACAAAAAAGUUUCCCCGGACGACUUAAUUGCAAUCGCCACUACGAAAGUCCAAAAACACCCUUAUUUGAUAAUUAACUAAAACUAUCACUGUUCUAUUUUACUUGUCUGUACUAAAUUGAUGUGAAAUGAUUAACAGUGUGAUCACUUAAUGUUUUUAAAGCAUCUCGAAAUGCGUAUAAUUGUAUUCUAUGAUUAAUUAAAGUAUAAGAGCAUGA